AUGCUUCUCACCGAGGUCCUCGCUGCGCUACGUAUCUACUGGCCGUUGCUACUAGCUGCAUCCCUUCUCGUUCAUCUCCUUCGGAAUAAGUACAACAACGGUCUGAACAAAUACCCCGGCCACCCUGCAGCAGCGUAUACCAACUGGUGGCGGUUCUUCGAUGCCCUGAAUCGCAAAGCAGAGAGGACUCACAUCGAACUUCACCGGAAGCAUGGAGAUAUUGUCCGUUUAGGACCGAAUGUUCUCUCCUUCGCGGAUCCGCGAGCGAUCAAGACCAUCUAUGGCUUGAACAAGGGCAUGACGAAGUCCGACUUCUAUCCCGUGCAACAAGCGGUGGCCAAGGGCCAGCGGCUACCAUCACUGUUCAGUACCAAAGACGAAGAGUAUCACGCAAAGUAUCGGCGGUGUGUGAACAAUGCCUUCGCCAUGUCUUCGCUUGUGGGCUAUGAACCGCUUGUCGACUCUACCAUGGAUGCAUUCAUUCAGCAAACAGAGCAGAAGUACAGUAGCACUGGACGGACCUGCAACUUCUCCCGAUGGCUGCAGUUCUUUGCUUUCGAUGUGAUUGGCGACUUGACGUGGAGUAAGCGACUGGGCUUUGUUGACCGGGAUGAGGAUGUUGAUGGCAUCGUCAAAUUCGUUGGCGACUUCCUCAGCUACGCUGGACCGAUUGGACAGAUGCCCUUCCUUGACCUCCUUAUGCAGAAGAACCCAAUCUCUCUACAGCUGCAGAAAUGGGGUAUUAACAAAACCGUCUUCCCCGUCACCAAAUUCGCCCUUGCACAAUCAGCCGACCGAGCAGCAGAGAUGGAGAAGAUCAAGCAGAACGGCUCGAUGGACGAGAGGGCAGGUCGUGGCGUAGACUUGCUCAUGAAGUUCACCCAAGCCCAGCAUGAUCACCCCGACUUCAUGACGGACAGGCAAGUGCUUUCUUCCUGCACGAGCAUGAUCUUUGCGGGCUCCGAGACGACUGCCAUCAGCUUGAGCAGCGUCUUUUACCAUCUCGCAAAACACCCACGCGUCUACAAGAAACUGAUGGCGGAGUUGGAUGAGGCCGCACAGAAUGGCAGUAUCGGCGAGCGCGACCAUGAGAAAGUGUCCUGGACGGAGGCGCAGAAGCUGCCUUAUCUCGAUGCAGUCAUCCAGGAGAGCUUCCGCGUGCAUCCCGCCGCUGGCUUGAUCCUUGAGCGCGUGGUCCCACCCCAGGGCAUCGACAUCCUCGGCGAACGCAUUCCUGGCGGGACGAUCGUAGGCUGCAAUGCUUGGGUGCUGCACCGCCGUCCAGAAAUCUUUGGCAGCGAUGUCGAUACCUUCCGACCAGAACGUUGGCUUGAAGCGAAGCCGGAUCAGCUGCGGGAGAUGAAGGCGACGAUGUUCCAGUUCGGUGCGGGCGCGAGGACGUGUAUUGGCAAGAACAUUUCGCUGCUGGAGAUCUACAAGCUUGUGCCGACCUUCUUGCGGAAUUUUGAGGUGCAGCUUGAGAAGCCGGAUGCGGAGUGGAAGACGCAUAAUGGGUGGUUUGUGCGACAGCUUGACUUUAAUACGGUGUUCAAGAAGAGGUCGGUGCCACUUGCAGCAUGA